AUGCAAAGAGAACAGAUGCAUAGCCCGUCCCAAGCCAAGUUCAAGGUCUCUAUACAAAAAAGCCCCGAGCUUACAAGAGAAAUACAGGAAAAGCUGCAGGAGCUAAACGAAGAGAAAGAUGCAAUUCAGAAAAGCAUUUUGGUAUUCAAAAUUCUAUGGAAGAAAAUAAUGGUACAAUGCGUCGGCGUUACUACAAAAUAUGUGCUAAAUAGCAUUAUGAAGCUGGCAAGCACACUGCUCUUUAUAAAUCUGACGAAAAUUCUGGACAGCCCCAUAAGCGCAGACGUGCUUCUAGACAGCGUAAUGGACGGUGUGGAAGACACAAUCAGAAUCCUCACGAGCAGCAAACUCGAAGGCUGCGGGGAGCAAGCAAACCAGGUUUAUUCGGCUGCCAGUCUCACAAAAUUAAGCAUGCUUAUAUCCAUUCUGGGUGUGGUUUUCGAUUGUGUAAACCACGAGAUUGAGGAGAUUGAGCCUUCUGCGCAGACAAUUUUUGGCCUCAAAGACUACAUUCGCCAAAUAAAUGGCAUACUCCUCAGAAUAUCCAAAGAGAAGAAAAACCGUGUUUUAAAAAGAAUAGUUGAGAAUGCAUUCAAACUCACAAGUUCUUUCCCUAUGAAGGACUUCAAAAAUAGAAGCCUGUAUAUACCCGAUGAUGAGAUCCUUUAUAUCUUAGCCAAAGAAGAAAAGUCUUUGAGUAUAGUAGAGGCAGACUUAAACGAGCUCUACGUAAUUUUAGAUGAAGAGGCCUGCUGUUUUGAGCGUCCCACGCAAAGAAACUGCGAGAUGCAAGAUAACUUAGACCUGGACGAGAGAGUCGAAUCCUCCUCCCGCUUCAGAUACUUUAAUAAAAGGCUGGGCGAGAGCCUUCGCUCUCUCAAGGUGCAGUCAGCACCCUCAAGAAUGGAGUUGGAUGCAGCUCUGCUCGUAGAAGAAGUAGAUGACUCUGUAGACCAUCUGAGGGCCAGGCAUACCAGGAGCAUGUCUAUCCCCAUAGAUAAAGCUGCUAGAGACCUAAUAGAAGCGCGCGAGCAGAACCAGUGUGUAGUCACGGCCGCAGACGCACAGGAAAGCCCUAAAACCAUCGACUCUGCCUUGAGCAAUUGGUUUAGCAGCAUUCACAAAGCAGUAAUAGAAAAAAUCGCCAUUAUAUGCUGCCUAGCCUGUGCUGUGAUGUGCAUGACGGCGGUUUUCUUGGCUACUUGCAUUGACACACGCAAGCUCUAA